AAUAGCAUUUCGAAAUUCUAAACGAGGCUGGGUUUUGCGAACUCACUCAAGACUGUUCUCCGUUUUCUCAUAUGUCCCGCGCAAAUUUAGAGUAACUUAUGCAAGUCCCUGGUGGAUCGUAAGAGUGAUAAGAGUGUUAGCAAAAGCCUUUGUUCUUGACGUUCGUACGGCAUUCGCUAAUGCUUUCUACAUUUGGAUACAACAGAGAAGACACAAGCCCGCCAUUUGUAAGUUUACCCGAAGAUACCACAGUGGGCAGUGCUGUAGAAUCCGUAACACGAAAGGCAAAUCUCGAAUUCGCUGCAACAAACGGUGAGAUGGGGCGAAGGACAAUAAGACGAUUUUUGCUCGUAGCUGUGCUGAUGAUUCUAGCGGAAGCCGCUUGCGCAAGGUCUCUUCCAAAAGAAAGCUCAAAGUCAAGAAAUCGAAGAAUGAUCAGAGGAAGAGAUGCGACCUUCGAAGAAUGGCGCUUUAUUGCUUACCUAAACUUCCACCAACCUUAUCCACAGUGGAAAGUCUGCGGGGGAUCUCUAGUUGCUAGAAAUUGGGUACUCACUGCUGCUCAUUGUGUUGAGGAUAUACAUAAGUACCCGGAGUUUCUUUCGGUGACAGUUGGGCGCACCAAAAGAGGUCAGCAUUCCGAGCACACAUACAAAGUAAAGAAGAUUGUUGUGUACAAGGAUUAUUUUGCGAUUAACAGUGACAAUGCCACCUCCCAGGAUUACUUCAACUGGGAUUACGAUAUUGCCCUGCUGAAGCUGAACGACUCUGUCCAGCAUGAUUUCGUGGAGUUGGCCAAGUUACCAGAAAAGUCCUUGGAAAUCAGUGAACUUAGCAAUGUGCAGUGCAAAGCAGCAGGAUGGGGAAGCCAGCGACAGCUCCAAACUACAAAAGAUGUUUCAAAAAAAACAUACAAUACCUCAGACAAUCUACAAGAAAUUGACGUGCCUUUGAAAACAAAGGCUCUUUGCAAACUGCAACAUGGACAAGAGGUUUCAGGUCUUGUUUUCUGCGGAGGAGAGCUUGAGCAAGACUCAAUGACAAGUUGUAUUGGAGACUCGGGCUCCCCCCUUGUUUGCAACGGAAUCAAUAUGAAAACCCCUGUUCUUGCUGGUAUUGUGAUCGGGGGUAAUUAUUUCUGUAAAACUGGAAAAGAAUAUAUGAUGUUUACGGAAGUUGCAAAAUACAGAAAGUGGAUUAAUCAUUAUUUGAACUGCUAAAGCAUUCAUUGUUUUUAUAGAGUUUUUAUAUUGUUUAUUAAUGUUGCGUAAAAGCUUUUAUAUGUAUGGUAUAGUUAUUACAGUCCUUGCAAGUCUUCCGGAUCCUCCAGAAGUUUACCGGGCUUUUUGACCUCUCUCGGAGUUACUAGAAUUCGUUGAAGAGAGAGACUUGAUGGUAUUAAUACAGUAAGUACCCGCAUAUAAUUAAAAACUUUUCAAUCUGAGGCUUCAGAAAGUUUCUUACUAACAGAUACUUUUCAUCAUCAUCACUUCAUCAUUAUUUGCAACUGUCAAGUCAAAUCAGGUCAGGCUAUAUGAUGGUACCGUCCAUGGAUGUGUAUUCAAUAUUACUGGUAGUAGUGUAUAAUACAUAGUCUACAGUAUAAUUUUUUAUAUCAAUAGAAUAGACAGACUACAAACAUCUCAGAGCCAAACAGAAAUUCAAAACACGACUGUUUAAACUUCAAAAUAAGAAGCAUUUCAAUUUCAGGCCUAAAAUUGUUUCUUAUAGAAUGAGCUCCUUUUGAAGAAAACGAGGCCUGUUUCUAAUACAAGGGGGUUCUUUUAUGGUGGUACUUCCUGUAUUUAGUUCCACUCUUACUGAAUGCGGUUCAUUGGAAUCGAGCCUAUACAGCUAUGUUGACUUAAUUAGCGUUUAGUCAAAUCUUCAGGAUUUUUUCAAAAACUCAGAAUUUAAAAAAUAAACAGUUAAAUCCUUGGAACUUUUGGUCUGGUUGAGGUCUUGUGUUCAAAUUUCUGUCUAUAAUGUUUUUUAAGAGCAAAUGUCUCUGUAUACCUCUUAUCGUGUAUGUCAGUUUUUCAAAGUAUCGGUUUUAGCAUCAAUCUCAAACACUUGAAACAUUUGAUUUUAUUAGUAGAAAUAAAAUGAAUUUAUCAAUGAUUUUCAUUUAUACUCAGAGAGAGGUUUGCAGUAUUUGUUCAGUACUGGCCUCUCACAAUUUCCCACACAUUGUAUCAGUUAUAUUACAGCACUUCUUCCUUUGCCAAUGCUCAUGUUUCUUCGCCGCAUAUUUCUUUGAUGCAAUUGGAAAACAAAGCUACAACAGAAUAAUAAUAA